AUGAUUCUCAACAUCGCAGUGGUCAUAAUUGUUGCAUCUAACAUCAUACAUGUAGAUGGAGGAGAUAGUGUCCAAAAUGGAAAAAGAAUACGAGUGAAGCGAAUCAUUGAACCAAAUACAGAUGCAUCGCCUAAUGAGCAUCCAUGGAUGGCACUUCUAUCUGUAGGUGGUUUAUGUGGAGCUAGCAUUAUUACAGAGUGCUACGGACUAACAGCAGCACACUGCUUUGGAAUACCCAAAUCACCUCUAGAAAGGUUAAGUGUUAGCGUUCAUAAGAGAAAUAGCACAGAUGAGAAACGACAAGAAUACUAUUUAUGGGAUAAAUACAAAGGUGAUACAGAAAAGAAAUACUUCAAGUAUUACAUGCAUGAAGAUGCCAACAAUUCCACAAACUGGAUGCCUGAUCUUGCUCUUGUGAGACUUUCCCACCCUAUUACCUUCAUUCCAAAUAAAGUUGGAGCCAUACACCUAUCGAAAAAAACACUUGAAAAAACACUAAAAGUCCAAGCAUAUGGAUGGGGGCGAGACAAAACAUGUACAACAGGAACUCUGCAAGAUAUUUUAAAAAAGCGAAACGAAGACUUGGAUGCAUGUAAGGCUGUAGGUGGUCAGUGCUCACAUACUUUUACUAAUAUACUUGGAAAGGGAGAUUCUGGAGGACCAUGGGUAUCUGCAGGAAAGGAUGAAUCUGGUGCUUUGGUGGAUUGUCAAGUUGGUGUCUCUGAAUCUUGCAUACUUCCUAUAGAUGAUAGCCGUAUUAUGAAUAUCGAUUUCUUCAUUAAUAAUGGCUGGAUAAUGAAAAAGAUCAAAGAAAUUGAAGAAGAUAUACUGAAGGACAAGGAGUUCCCCAAAUAUUGCAAUGAACAGGUUAUCAAAACAUGCUCACCAUUUAUUCCAAAUAAAACUGUUGAUCUGGUGUUUGUAUUUGAUAUGUCUGGUAGUAUCAGUAUGCAGUCGUUCAAUUUGAGCAAGGAAGUGGCUAUUAUAAUCUACAAAGAAUUAGUUGCUAAAGGGUACAGUGUCCUCGUGUCUGUUGUCACAUUUCAUGUUGAUCCCACUGUCCAGUUCUACAUGAAGAAAUACAAGCCUGGUAAAGUCCCAUCACCAGACGUAAUUAAUGCCAUAAAUAAUAUAACUAUGGAACCUCUCAAAGAUGGUCGGCAACAGUCAAAUACAGGAAAGGUGCUGAAUGUGAUAAAGAAGGAAAUGCUUGGGAAUGGAGACCGUUCGUAUGCACCAAGUUUUGUGAUAUUAUUUCAUGAUGGUGUACUCUUCCCGAGAUCACCGAGAAAGAGAAGAGAUGUGAUCAAAAUAGCUAAUACCAUAGAGAAGCAGUACCAUGGUGAUAUUCUUGGGGUUAAACUCAAUAAUGAAAAUGGCUUUAAUAAUAUUGGUAAAAAAGAUCUGAAGAAAAUUGCCAGUGGAGAUCCUUCGAAGAAUGAUGUGUUCCCAAGUGCUGGUGGUAACCUGUAUGAGGAAAACAAGGAUAAAGUUGCUGAAGCAAUCGUGAACAGAAUAUCUGAAGAAUAA